UCCUCCGUGGAGCUGCAGUCAAGGAUGUUGGAAGAGAGAAAGAGGGAAAUAGUGACACACUGGUGGACAGUGCCCUACAGUAUCGUAACAUUUCGGACAUAUACCCUCUUCUAAUGAAUAAUAAACCAGUUAUUUCUUCUUGGAGGAUCUACGAGGGAAGAUGCACGUAAAACUUGGUGGAUGUUAAGAAGAGAAAAGUGAUGAGGCUGUUAUCUGAAGCACUCUGACAGGAUGGCAUCACAGGGGGGGGAGGAGCCUCCAUCAAACGCAAGUCAGUCAGAUAGCCGUCUAAAGAGCAAGAAGCCGCCCAGCCUUGUAAUAGCUAUCCCUCCACCUGAGGAAAUGAUGUCCCACGACCCUGCAAAACAGCCACUACGACCGUCACUGAAAAAAAGUGCGAGUGGUCAAGCCACCGCUUCUGUGUCAGAGAGCAUCAGUGGAGCCGGAGAUGGACGCUUCUCAGUCAGAGACAGAAGGGCAAAGUUUGGUAGACAAACGUCGCUCUCACAAAGCAUCCGCAGGAAUACAGCCCAGUGGUUUGGGGUGGGGGAAGGCUGUGAGACCAAGCAGCAGGUAUGGCACAGGAAGAGCCUGCGCCACUGCAGCCAGCGUUAUGGCAAGCUAAAGCCCCAGUAUAGAGAGUCUGAGACGGCCACCAGCAUCGACCAGGGCCUGGACUCACCAGCAACAAACAAGAUGCCCAAGAUUGUGGAUCCCCUGGCACGGGGCCGAGCCUUCCGUUGCCCAGAUGAGAUGGACAGUCGCUCCCCCAGGACACCCCACACCACUCAGGGGGGUCCCAUUACCCCGGGUGUCAUCUCACUCAGCUCCGUCACCAGCCAGCGCUCUGGGUACAGCCGCUUCCCCAAGCGUAAGAGGGAGUCCGUCGCCCGCAUGAGCAUCCGAGCUGCAUCCAAUCUGCUGAGGGGUCGUAGCGGCUUGGCAGGUUCCCAGACAGGUCGCAGUUUCCCUAAGAGGAGCUUUGCCAGGUCCAGCUGGAUGGACGAGGACACUGUGGACUCUGCAGGCACGUCCGAGUCGCUCUUCUUCAGCAAGGUUGAUGCCCAUGAUGAGUUGUACUCUAUGGCUGAUGACGUAUUUGAAUCGCCUCCCAUGUCUGCAUGUUGUGCUCCCAGCGAGCAGCCUGACCAGAAGUUCCCAAGCCUUAAGGACAUAUCUCGAACACCCAGGACACCAAUAGCAGUGCCCGAAAAGGGCCAUCCUCGUCGGGGUGGUCGCAUCGCCUCCCAAGUUAAGCACUUUGCAUUUGACAAACAAAAGCGUCAGUACGGCAUGGGCGUUGUUGGGAAGUGGCUGAACCGACACUACCGACGCAGUCUCAGCAGCAACAUACAGAAGCAGCUGGACGACUUCCACAGCCACAGGCCAUAUUUUACCUACUGGAUCACGUUUGUCCAUAUAGUAAUCACUUUGCUAUCCUGUUGUACAUAUGGUUUUGCGCCUGUGGGGUUUGCACAACAUUCUACAUCUGAACUGGUGCUGAAGAACAAAGGCAUUUAUGAGAGUGUCAAGUAUAUCCAACAGGAGAACUUCUGGAUCGGUCCUAGCUCUGAGGACCUGAUCCACCUGGGGGCCAAGUUCUCACCGUGUAUCCGUCAGGACACACAGAUAGUUAGUCUGAUCCAAAAGGCCAAAGACCUGGAGAGAGAGUCUGGCUGCUGCGUUCAGAAUGACAACUCUGGAUGUGUGCAGACCCACAGCUCCGACUGCUCCGAGACGCUGGCUACCUUUAUUAAAUGGAAAAAUGAGCAGGUGGACAUCAACAGGUUCUCUGGUUCUGUCUGUCACCAGGAUCCCAGAGUGUGUGAAGAGCCUGCCUCUGCAGAGCCUCAUACAUGGCCGGAUGACAUCACCCAGUGGCCGGUGUGUACUUAUCCCAAGAAGUGGAACCACACAGGCUACAGACACAUGGACUGUAACAUCAAGGGACGGCCUUGCUGCAUAGGAACUAAGGGCAGAUGUGAGAUCACGACCAGAGAGUAUUGCUCUUUCAUGCAUGGUUACUUCCAUGAGGAUGCCACACUCUGCUCACAGGUCCAUUGUCUGGAUGAUGUGUGCGGCUUGCUGCCCUUCCUCAACCCUGAUGUUCCUGAUCAGUUCUACCGUCUCUGGCUCUCUCUCUUCCUCCAUGCUGGGCUGUUACACUGCGUGGUGUCAGUGGUGUUCCAGAUGACCAUACUGAGAGACCUGGAGAAGCUGGCAGGUUGGGCCCGCAUCUCCAUCAUUUAUAUCCUCAGUGGUAUCACUGGAAACCUCGCCUCUGCCCUGUUCCUGCCUUACAGAGCUGAGGUGGGUCCAGCAGGGUCUCAGUUUGGACUCCUUGCUUGCCUGUUUGUUGAGCUGUUUCAAGGUUGGCAGAUGCUGGAGAAGCCAUGGAAGGCCUUUCUCAAACUGUUGUGCAUUGUCCUCUUCCUCUUCCUGUGCGGCCUCCUGCCGUGGAUCGACAACAUCGCCCACAUCUUUGGUUUCCUCAGCGGCAUGCUGCUCUCCUUUGCCUUCCUACCCUACGUCACCUUCGGGACUUUUGACAAGUACCGGAAACGUAUCCUCAUUGCUGUCUCAAUGUUGGCCUACAUCGGGCUGUUCUCUUCCCUCAUCGUUUGGUUUUAUAUUUACCCCAUUAACUGGCACUGGCUGGAGCAUCUCACCUGCCUGCCCUUCACAAGCAAGUUCUGUGAAAAGUACGACAUAGACCACGACAUUAACGAUGUUGUGCACUAGUCUCUGUGCUACUGAUGACCACAGCGUCUGUGCUACUGUUCCACUAUCUUCUAGCCGAUGACCAGGUCAGCUGUUUCCAGGUCAGGCCUUUUAAUAAUGUGGCAAUCAUUUUUUUAAAUUACUAUUUGUUCAUCAAAGGACCUGAUCAAAGUCCUUUUGAAUGGAAGUGGAUCAAUCUCUUCUCCUCAGCCUGCUGACUUGCUUACUUCCGUAAAACAUUACUCAACCUUUUUAAUCCUCAGCCAAGUCUGGCACUACCUAGCUUGUUAAUUUGCUAAUGGGUUAGCAGAUCCUCAGAAUCAGAGGACAGGAAAAGAUACUCAGGACGUCAAAACUGCGUAGAGCUGGGUGGGCCUAAAGGAAAAGAUCUACAGAGCGAGAGACUGUCUCGUUCCUUCAGUUCAUGAAAAGUCACAUCAAACUAAAGAAGCCAAAUGACAGAAGAAGACACGAGCACCUCUGGCCUAAAAUCACUUUUCCCUAACUCUGUGGACAACAAACAGCUGAGAUAAAAAGGAAGACUGAUGCCAUAGUGGGUCAUUAGGUACCUUGUGGCCCCGUGAACUGAGAUACAUCAGACGCCUCCUACUACUCAUUCUUGUUUCCAGUAACACUGGGUUUAACACUACAAAAAGCUGUCAUUCACUUCUGCUGCUUCUCGUACGCACUGGGCAUGUCAAUAUUCUUUGGAGCAGUGAAAUGUUAUGCUAAAGGUAACAAUGUGUAUUACCUGUGCAGCUGGAAGAGUUAAAGUCAAAUAUCAGUGGUAGAUUUCUAUCUAAAACCACUAGUUGCCUUAAACAGACUAUGCCAUUUUACAACUAUGUCUCAUUUUCCUUUUCCAUACUGCUUGUGAUCAACUUACUGAAUGCUGAUGGACACAUUUCUGACCCCAACCUACCAAAGCAACUUCACACACUGCUUAUAUAUGCAUGUUGUUUUUCACAAUCCCUUAGUUUUGUCACUGCCACAAAAACAAGCUCUACUUAUAAUGUCUCAUAUUUGGUCAUAUUUGUCACAGUGGUGCCUAACCCAUUUUGUAAAUUUUAAAAAAUUAAAUCAUGAAAACAAUAUUUAUUCUAAGAGUAAUUAUCUAAACAGGCAUUUUUGUUAGAUCAAAGCAAGUUUUGUACUGUAUUUUUUGACUCUGUGAAUCACAAGAUGUCGUUUAUGUUUCACCUGAGCCUUAAUAUGUUUGUGAAAUGUACCAUAAAAGGCUUUCUUUUUAACAUUUAAACUUGUGAAUACGCUCCUUGACAAAAACAAUGCAAGAAAGAUUAUUUUUCACAAUUUUAAACAGUAGAGUUGCUGCAGACAUAGGAUUUAUCCCCUACACAUACACUUUUUUUUACACAUCCUUUUGUCUGGACCCUAGCAGCUGAUUGUUGGUGUCGUCUAUGACCCACAGUAGAUGGUGGGUCCCUGGCAAGUGUAACAGUGUGAUUUCAGAAGUCCUAACACCUGAAGUGAAACAUUUCUUUCACGGGUUCCUGGCUUUUGUCUUGGAUCUAGUUUGUUGUUGUUCAUGAUUCUGGCAUAUGUUGACCCCAGCUGUGAGGAAAGCCCCGGUAAUGUGUGGAGGAUUACGUGAGUUGCUAAGUGAUUUAUGAGAUUAUGUGACUUUGUCUGCAGGGCUCACUCACUGAUCAUCUGGUGUUGUUGAGAGUUGUGAAAAGACAAUCAGAAUAGGUUGUAUGUUGGACAGUUCAAAUAUUUUAUUCAGUUUUAAUACGGGUGUAUUUAGAUUGCAAAGGUCAUCUGUUUCAAGACAUAAGACUCUGCCUUUAUACAUAAAAGUGGGCAAACCUCUUUUUAAGAAACUGUGCCUUUUGACUUGUGAGUGUUUGAUCUGAACCACAACAACCCACAUCUUUAAUCUGCUGUGUUUACAUUGGGACCAAAUCAUUUCUUUUGUAUUUAUGGGAAUAAAAAGGGAAAGUUUCAAAUUUCAAGUCACCGUCAAGGUACUGUUCUGUUUUGCUUCAGCUUUAUAUGUGAAAAUAUAUGUGUGUAAAAGCAGUCAUGUCAAAAUAAAUGCCACUCUAGAAAUAA